AUGCUUGCAGUCUCUAAGAUUCCCCGCUUCGAUCAGCUACCUCUCCGCGAGGGUGAUCCGCCGUUCUCAGCCUGGGGGUUAUGGAAAAAGCCCGAGUACGGUUCUCUCAACUAUCUGACCGAUACGGGUCUGUUGCAGGCUGCUCGCGAGGAAAUUCAAACUGGGGAAAGAGUUUCUCUCGACCUGCCUCUGGACUUGAUUGAUCCUCCUCUAUUAGGGAGAAAGGGAUUUAAGAGAGAAAUUGUAAACAAGGCUCCGCGGGUUAUUAAUGAUGAUGUUAUCACGUUUAAUACCCAGGGCAGCUCGCAGUGGGACAGCUUCCGUCACUUUGCGUACCAAAAGCACGGCAAAUUCUAUAACGGGGUCACUCAAGGAGAUAUCCACGAAGAUCAAUCGAGCACUGUUGGGUCCUCGUCCCUUUGGUCCAAGGGACUUGGGGGUAUAGUAGGUAGAGGUGUCUUGGUCGACUACGCCAGCUGGGCUAGUGAAAAUGGGGUCCAAUAUGACCCCCUCAGCACACAGCAUAUACCACUAGAGGCAGUCAAACUUAUUGCUCGUGAGAAAGGAAUCGAGUUCCGACAGGGUGACAUCUUGUUCCUACGGACAGGGUUCGUCAAGGGAUACCGUCAACUCAGCAAAGAGCAACGGGAGAAACAAUCAAAGGUCUCCAAAUUUCCCGGUCUUAGGCAAUCUCGAGACACGGUUGAAUGGCUCUGGGAGCGACAGUUUGCUGCGGUCACAUCUGAUAGUCCGGCCUUCGAAAGUAUUCCUCCGGCUGAUCCAGAAUAUAUGCUACACCCCAUUCUUCUUUCAGGAUGGGGGACACCAAUAGGAGAGCUGUUCGAUCUUGACGACCUGGCUGAAGGGUGCGCGCGAUUGAGCCGCUGGUCCUUUUUUAUAACAUCUGCGCCCUUGAAUUACACAGGGGCUGUUGCCACGCCGCCGAAUGCCAUUGCUAUUUUCUGA